AGGAUUUUGUGGGAUCCGAACAGUCAUUCGUCAUUUGAUUCGGAAAAAGUAUUUUUAUAAGAUCAGUUUCGUGCUCUUGGUCGUUGUUGUGUACGAUAUACAUGUAAUAUCAAAUAGUCCGCAAACAUGGAAGACAAUUGGCUAUGUUUCAUUCAUCUUGGAGAAAUCUCUGACUGUUAUACUUAUGUUUCUUGCAAACUUCUCACCAAGGUAAUGACUGCUCGAUAACGAUAAUUGCUUUGGCUUGCAUGCAUAAAUCUUAUUUAUUUUCCCUUCUCUCACGAUUGAUUUCAUCUAAUUAAAGUCUAAUGAGUUCGUACUACUCACUGGGUCAAUUGUAAUUAAUUCGACUGAUAAGUUUUUUAUUAACUGCAAUGCAACCUACAUUGCGAUUAUAUCCAUUCGCCGAAUGCCCUAAAAUUAAUAUGUAUUUUGUUAUCUCGACCUGCAUGCUACCUUAAAGUGCCCCUAUGACAUGAAAUUUUUUAUUUUCUUAAAUGAAAGAACUCUUUAAGUUGUAGUGUAACUUAUUUUUCAGUUUCUUGUUUUUGUGAUUUGUUCCCGAGAUAUUUCAAUUUUUUUGAUAUGUAAAUGAGUGUGAACAUGUCCGCUAUUUUAUGACGUCAUGUUGGUUGCAAGCUCAACUUACACUGCUUUUAAAUGUAUUAACUUAAAAAACUGUUGAUAUCAGUUAACGUUUUUCUCCAGUGUUUCAUCACAUUUACCAGUGAGUGAAGUUUGAAAUUAUCAUCUUGGAUGAUAGCAGUGAAAUUCAACCAUUUUGAAGAGCUUGCAACGAACAUGACGUCAUAAAAUAGCGGACAUGUUCACACUCAUUUACAUAUCAAACAAAUUGAGAUAUCUCGGGAACAAAUCACAAAAACAAGAAACUGAAAAAUGAGUUACACUACAACUUAAAGAGUUCUUUCAUUUAAGAAAAUAAAAAAUUUCAUGUCAUAGGCACUUUAAAUAAUCAAAUCUAUAAUUAAUAUUACAUCAAGCAAUUUUAAUUAAUGACCCGGUAAAUGCGACGCCGGUGCAAUGAAUAUAUUCGUUCUGUAUUUAGUGAAAGAAAUCGAACGGGGCAGAAUAACUAUAACAUCUCUAACAAAAAAUAGGGAUCCUUCCAGGACGUUUGGCGCGGUGUAAAAAUCGUCUCGUGCUAUACAGUCUUUGUAAAUUCUGAUUAAAACGUAAAUGUAUCGCUUUUUAUUACAAGCUGAACUCCAUUAGAACGACCUAAAUGUAGGAAUUUAUAUUUCAAUAUUAAAUAAAUAAAAGCUAAUAUCCGAGAGAGUUUCCCCUUGUAAAAAUAGUGAAUUCCAUAUUUGGAAGAUGCAUGUAUAAAUAAAUAAAAUGAAAGAGCUGCACUGACUUCCCGUCAGUCAACGUAUCAUUUACAAGAUACUUCUCAUCACUUACAAGGCUGUAACUAUGGUCUUGCACAAAAUUACAUUGGGCACAUGCUACAACCGCUCAAAUCAACAAUGAAUCUACGUUCGUCGAUGAAGGGACUUCUAUCAGUACCCCCAUAAAGUUGGUCAACUAUGGUCAAAGAUCAUUUUCAUGUGCAGCGCCAAAACUAUAGAAUGAACUUCGUCGCCAUAGCGAAUCAAUAUCUACUUGUUUAAAACAAAAUUAAAGACAUAUUCAAAAAUUUCUAUAAGUAACUUACACUAGUCUCACCAAUUUUAAUUAUUGCUAGUUGUACCUAUCUAACAGAUUUUUUUAUCUAAUUCACUUCUUAUAUUGACAUUUAUAUAUAAUAUAAUGGUAAAUACACUAAAUUUCUAAGUUGAUUGAUGUAAAUGUCCUAGGUUUUUAAAUGGAUUGAUGUAAAUGCACCAAAAUAUUAAAUAUUCUAAAUACUGUAAAGCACCAUUGAACUAUAAGAAAUGGCAUCGAAAUAUAUGUUAUUAUUAUAAGAUUUGAUCUUCAAUUUUUUUCUCAGAUUUUGGAAUGGAGGUGAAUCAAGCCUCAAACGUUGGGGUUAUAAAGCAGCUCUAGCAAUGUAUGUCGUUCAAAACUCUGUGGUUGCUUUGCUUGGCUCAACAGUUGCUGCAUAUAAAGUCUUAUCCGUUCCAGAAUCGAAACGAAAGAAGAACGAAUCAGAACCACCUGGAGUAAAAUCUGUUGUUGCUUUAAUGUUGUUGAUAAUUAACAACGGAUUUCGUUAUUUUGUCGCAGAAUUUUUCUUGACAAAGAUUUUUGAUAAAGAGUUGGAUAUAUUGGGAGGGAAGACUUUUGAAUAAAGUAUGGGUGUACAGAUCCUAGAAGGACAGGAAGAUGACGAUCAUGGUAGUGGAUCGCAUAGAAUGAAUGUAACCCCAACACAAGAAUUGGAAGGAACACAGGCUUAAAUAUCCGCAAGCAAAAUCGUUUGCACAGGACAAGUCAGAAUAACAAAGUUAAUUAAACAGGAAACAGUGGAAGGAAAAUUUGCAGUUCCCGAAAAUUUGAC